GGUGAUUCCGCCGUUCGCAGUGGCUAGCAUGGCUUGAGCGCCGGGAAGCAGCGGGUUCCGGUGCAGGUUAUACAGGUACCGUAGUAACGAGCAAGUAGCUGCCUAACAAGCUUCGAGCGACUCGUUGCGCGAGCACUGAACUCGUGAUCGACGGCCCCACACAGCCCCACAUUGCACUGCACUCGUACUCACGUCUCAGGUGUUGCUAGUGCGCGAUCGUAGGUACCCGCUUGAACGUUUUUUCACCUGGGAAAGAAUCGAAUCGCGUUUCCACCGGUUGACUUAAAUGUCAGCUAUCGUCUCGGUUCACUUCUCGUCGUCAGUGCCCGUACAAGUUCUGACGACUGCAAAUUAGUUUUUCCCAUCGGAAUCGCCUCCCUUACUUUCUUCGACCCGCAAAGAAAAUAUCCAGUGAAAAUUUCUUCAAGAUAGAAAUCCAAGUGCUCCAGAGUCAAGCUCGAUUAUAGUGACCCCGGAAGCUAACGAAAAUUCUCAGUUUCCAAACGCACAAUGUGACGUGGUCUGAACUCGACUGAGAGACGGAAGAAAAAAAAUCGCAAGCUGAUCCAGAAAAUUCAUAGAAAAAAAUUGAAUAAUAAGAAAAUUUAUCUGCACGGCAAUAGUGAAUAAAAAAUUUUAUCUCCGCUCGACUGUAGUUUCUGCCGACUUCCCUCGCUCGAAUCGUGCCCGAUAACGUCUUAUCUUCAGCAGUGAAUCUUUGCUGAGGUGUACAGCCCAAGACGAUCGUCGCGACAUCAGUGAGUGCUCUUUUUCAGUUCGUGAAUACAAUUGCUAAUAUCCCGUGAAAACCGUGAUGCCGCUGUUUAACAAGAAGCCUCUAGGAAAGCCUGGAAACGACAGCACCGUCCCAGCCCGUGUCCCGCCGCCACCGUACGACAACAAUAAUGUGAAGUCAGGAGGUCCUCCUCCAUCGAUCCCGACGAACGGGUCGGCCCCCAUUCCUCCGGAAAAACGCUCAUCCAAUGCUCAUUACGAGUCGAACGUUACGAAACCUCAAUUGGUUUUCCAUUGCCAGCUUGCUCAUGGGAGUCCCACGGGACUAAUUACCGGCUUUUCCAGCGUGCGUGAGCUGUACCAGAAAAUUGCGGAAUGCUACGAGUUCCCGGUUGAUGAGAUCCUCUUCUGCACGCUGAACUCACACAAAGUUGAUAUGACAAAACUACUCGGCGGACAAAUCGGACUCGAUGAUUUUAUUUUCGCUCAUAGAAAAGGUCGUCCCAAGGAAAUAGAAAUCAUUAAAUCCGAAGACGCCCUAGGUUUAACCAUAACAGACAAUGGCGCUGGUUAUGCAUUUAUCAAAAGGAUAAAAGAAGGCAGUGUGAUAGACAGGAUUCCUCAUAUUAUGGUUGGUGAUCACAUAGAAAAAUUAAACAAUAUCAACGUAGUUGGCAAAAGACAUUAUGAAGUUGCAAGACUACUGAAAGAUAUCCCAACUGGAUCAACAUUCACACUAAGAUUAAUCGAACCAAUGAAGAGCGGUUUCCAAGGAAUCGGCCCACGCUCCGGCAGUAAAAGUAGUAAAAAAGGUUAUGGAAGUGGAAAGGAAACGUUACGAUUCAAAGCAAACGGUGAUGCAGCAAUCGAGGAUAAACAUGACGAAGCGACGGAAACUGCAAUAGAUGCAAUCAAUACCCUCCUAGACUCAUUCAUGGGAAUCAAUGAUGCCGAACUCGCCACACAAAUAUGGGAUCUUGGUGCAGAUAAAACAAACUCAAUGGACUUUGCGGAAGCUAUCGACAAUUCGGAUUUAGAGGCCUUUGGUUUUACCGACGAUUUUAUCAUUGAAUUAUGGGGUGCUAUAACCGACGCAAGACAGGGCCGAUGUAAAAAAUAAACUAGUUGAAAUAUUAAACUAUUACUGCUACUAUUUCCUUAGAUAUAUAAAUUUAUAAGCAAUUAUUAAUUAAGAAAAAGUAAGUUUGGAAAAAAAAUCGCAAAUAAAAACUUAAUUCAACUUCA